AUGUACCCUGUUAUUGAUCCAAACAUAAAAAAUAAUGCAACAAAAUUACCUUAUUAUCCUCAAAAUGGCGUCAUUCACUACUUUGAUUUGAAUAGUAGUAAUAAAAAUGGUACAUAAAACAUUACUUGUUUUAAUAGAUAAAAUGAUAAAAGUUGGUCGAAAUCUUCAUGCUCAACAAGGAUCAAUGUAUAAAAAAAAUAAGCAUAAUGUAUAUGUAAUGACUUAACUCCUACAACAGUAAUAUAAGAUGUUAGUAGCCUCUUUGAAAACAAUAAAAAUAUUGAUACUGUAUUCAGCUCAAAAGGAGUAAAUUCAGAAUAUUUAUAUAGCAAUAUUCCGAAAUAAGUAAGUAGAAAAUCUAAAAUAUAUUCUGUCAGUCAAUAGAUUUAGUUUGAUAAAAUAAAGCCUAACUCCCCAACAGAUCAAGCAAAUAUUAAUUUUACAAUAAAAGAAGAAGACGAUGAAAAGGAAACCCCUAAAAAUAAUUUUUAGAAAAAUUUACCAAAUAAUAUUUCUACUAUUUAUAAAUUAGAAUUAAUAUAAAACAUUGAAAACAAAUAACAAACAAUAAAAAUGAAAAAAAUACCUAAAAUACAAGAUUAGGAGGAGAAUAAAUAAAAUAAAAAAUUUAUGAGCGAAGAAUUAAUGAGAAGCAUAAGUAACGGAGAACAAAUUAAAACUAUGACGGGCAUAUAGCUGAUUUAAAAUGCUGAAUAAAAUUUUAAUAAAGAGCAAUAAAAUGACUAAAAUCAGAACAAUAAAAAUAUAAAUAAUGAAGACUUUAGCCAUUCAGAUUUAUUUGAAAGUGAUGCAAAUAUAAGUUUAGGCAAAAAUAACCAGGAUAACAUGGAAUAUACGAAAUAUUUCAGCUAGACAACAAUUAGAUAAUCAGCAAAAAAUUUCAAACCCUCUAUUGCUUCACCAGGUUUAAUUAAUUUUUUAUCAACAAUUAGCCUAAACAAUUACAAUAAAGAUAGUAAUAGAGAAAAAUCAAAAUUGCAAUAGCCCUGUAAUUAAAAAAAGUAAAAAAUAUAGAAAGGAUAAUAAGUCAAAUACUUUGGUGAUUUAGAAUGA